CGCGUUUAUUCCUGUGACUGUAACGAUUGUUAACUGAAGAUAACUUUGUGAAGAUUACAAAAUGACUUUUAAGUUAACAAUAGUAAUUGCGGUGAUAAUAGGGGUUGCUUGGUGUCGUGUCUCCAAACACAGUCGGCCUGCGGAUCUGCAGCCUUCAGCAACCUUCCUCAAUGCGCAUAGAGUGCUCUAUGGUCAUCAAUACAUUAUACCGACACACGAACACGUCGAUUACCAUGCAUAUCCACGGUAUGCGUUUAAAUAUGGCGUAAACGACUUCCACACUGGAGAUAUCAAGAGCCACCAUGAAAGUCGAGAUGGUGACGUCGUGAAAGGUCAGUACUCCUUAGUGGAGCCUGAUGGUUCACUUCGAACAGUGGACUACACUGCUGACGAUCACUCUGGUUUUAAUGCAAUCGUUCACAGAACACCACCCAUAACACUCCACGAAGCCCAACAUAUAUUUCAUUAGAAGUAAUAACAAUAAAUAAUACCUAAAUUCAAUUUUAAGACAAAAAAAAAAUCUAUUUCGUGCUCUAUCAUAUUUUUUGUUGCCAUAAUUUAUAUGAAAACUAGCUGACCCAGCAAACGUUGUAUUGCCGAUAUUAAAAUCGCGAUACAAAAGUAACUGUUGAUCGUAGAUGGGUGAAAAUUUGAAGUUGUAUGUAUUUUUAAUGCUGACUCAUAAUCAAAAAAAUUUAAAAACAAAAUAAAAAAAAAUUCGUGUGGACCACCCUUAACAUUUAGGGGGAUGAAAAACAGAUGUUGUCCGAUUCUCAGACCUACCCAAUAUGCACUCAAAAUUUCAUGAGAAUCGGUCAAGCCGUUUCGAAGGAGUUUAAAUACAAACACCGCGACAUGAGAAUUUUAUAUAUUAGAUUAAUUCUAAUAAUUAUGGCUUAGAUUCGGAAUUAAAUAAAACACAUUUAGAGGAAUUGUUACUAUGUUCUUACAUUAGAUGUUUGCGUAAAAGUUACAUUUUUAUAUUUUUUAGUUUCAAGGCCUUUAUCUCGGUUUCAGGGGGACUGGAAAGGUCUUAUAACGUCGGGUUAACUGAAAUAAAAAUUAAAAUGAUACUUUUACGCAAAAAUCUAAUGUCAAAGCACAGUAAUAAUUACACGCGUUUUAAUCCUUUAAGGCGACACUAAAUGCCAGCGACCUUGAGCGAUAUCAGUUCACGGCUGCCGGCCCGCUAUCUAUGUAAAAAGCCAAUAUUUUCAAAAUUCUUGGGUGGAAAACAGUUUAUAUGCUUACAAUUCUCGUUAUUCACUACUAAUCUGAAUAAAUGAACCUACACAAAAAAGUACAAGCUAUAAGAAUAACUUUUCUGAGAGAAGUACCAGAAAAAGGCGUCACGCCAUGCCAAAAAACUUGUUUAAAUUCAAGGAAAAGUGGUAGUUCAAAAAGGCUUGGCAGUGUUAACUAUAACCAACAGCAAGCAUUAGCAACCUACAAAUAAGACUUAAGGAUAUGUGUAAUAGGAUUAAAUAGUGUUCAUAGCUCGAAAUGCUAUACUUUCACCACAAAACUUGUCUAAAAACACCAUGUUUGCGUGUUUUCUGCUUACUCUUCGCCUUAAAUGUGUUUUAUUUAAAUGUGUAACAUUCGCGUUAAUCAAAGGAAAUACUAAGGUUGGGAACUGAAAGCGCAUUCAAUAAUCUAUUUGUCAUACUUAGUCGUAGUUUCGUACUGAAACUUAUUAAUAACUUUUGAAAUAAAUUCUAUAGUUUGAUUCUGAAUUUAUGAUAAUUUAAACGAUUGAUGACUUAAUUACGUUUUAGGAUUUCUUUAUUGUUAUUUAUUUCUAAGCAAUUGUAGUUAAGCUUCGUGGUACCUGAUUUAUUAGUUGUCAUAUUGUGUUGGUGUUGUGUAACUAAAGCAUUACUCCAAAUACGAUGAGUGUGUAUUUGAAUCAAUAAAAAAUUGAAAUUUG